UUUGGGGGUUUUUGUUUUAUUUAUAAAUUCAACACAAUGUGUAAUAUUUCCAGUUUUUGAAAAUGAUUGAAAUUCAACUUUAUUUCAGAAAAGUUUCGAUCGUUCAGUAAUAUUUUGUCAGCGGAUGCUUACAAAUUCUAAGUGAAACGGCUUUCUUGCCCAAGGGAGGUGUGUAAAGCGAAAAACUAUCAUUACACAUUGCGUUUAUUCUUUAAAUGUGAAGGAUCGGUAACAGAUUAAGGAGAUCGUACAGUGAAAAACUAUACUAAAUGGAUAUCUCUAAUCAUGAAUAAGGAGACAUACAUAUUUCAGUAAGGAAAUCUCAGCAUGAUGGCAUUCAGUUUAGCAUUUGUCGUGUAUUUUAUGGGUUUUGUGAGUGCAGUUGUAUCAGAUACCUGCAGAGAAUCAGCAAAGGACAUUGUCACACUUCGAGAUUUGGAAGAGAAAGUGGAUAGACGGGACUGGAUACAGAUAUAUGUAUCCGAAUUCGAUCCUCAACAAAAUUAUGGAAAAUGCAACGUUAGAUGGAACGAACCAGACUCCAACAAUAUCAUUUAUAGGCAGUUGGUGUGCUACAAUUUUAGAUUCAAAGAUUGUGAAGACUUUGGAAGAGCUGUCAAAAGGAGUGUUGACGAAUGUGGAAGAGCCGAAGAAAAUGGAGAAAAUACUACAAUGGAUGCCAAAUUCUACAGCCAGGACGCAACACAGUAUUUAUGGUACGAUCAAUGUUAUGAAUACGACGCAUUUGGCGCAUGCGCAGUUCGAUAUCUAGACCUUCUUGUGAAAGCAUCUCGGAUUGUUUAUACAAAGAAGCAAGAACUUGACCUUUUUCAACUGCCUUGGCAUCUCAUUGCCGAAGAUCUAAACACAAACUUUGAUUUAGACAUGUCAGACUUUCUACUGAAGUUUACUUGGAUAGACCGAGAAUGCGGAUACGACGGAAAAGGAAGGCCAGUCAGUGCGACUUUCGGGGAUGACAAAAAGAGAAAUAAAAUAUCUAAGCCCAAAGGACCCAAAAGGACAUAUUGAGCUAUUAGUAAAGGUGGGAACUCCGGCGUCCGCCGCACAUCGUCCGUCAUGCAUCAACAUUUUUCUUUAAAUGAUUUCUUCUCAUGAACCAUUUGCAUUGACAUCUCCCAAGUUCGCUCAAGUGGUUCCGCUUCACUGUAUAUAGAGACCACCAGAUAACACAUUUAGAUGUCUUCUUCUCAUGAAAGACUCGGUGGAUCUUCAACAAAUUUUGUAUGAAGAAUUUUUGCUUUGACCUCUCUCAUCCUAACAUGAAACUUUCUCAGGUGAGCGACUAAGAGACACCACGUCCCUCAUGUUACUAAAUACUUACAUUGCUUCCAAACGCAACUGCAUUGACUUGUACAUGUAUUAUGCAUGUUUUAAUCUUAGAUUUUGAAACUAAAUAAAUUCAUCUUA